AUGCUUGAGGAUGAGCUCGGCCAACGGCGGCGUGUGCCGCGUGAUGUCGAUGUACGCAGUGCCGCAGUUAACCAGGAAGAGCCGCAUGUGGCGCAUGAUCGCAGUGUUGUACAUGAACUCGGACUCGUCCAGCUUGUAGUAGCCCGAGUGGUCACUCGUGAACGACAGUUCGUAGGCGCACUUGACGGUGCAGUUCGGCAAGCUGACCUUGCGGAAUCCGCUCUUGAGCAAUACGCGCUCCGCCGCGGCUCCUACUCCGAUGGUGGUUUCACUGCUGAGUUCUAUGCGCAAUCUCUGUGCCCUUGGGGUGCGAUCAUCGUAAUCCUGGUCAUCGGAACGGGUUGA